GGGAAGCUGGUGGGAGGGGAACAGGCCAAGGAGCUAUAUAAGUCGAAAAGGUUCACUUUGCCAGUGCACCACCCCAGAACAGCUCUCCCCAGCCAAGCGCUGACAGGUCUGUACUUGUGUGGAAGGUCUGAGAAAGUUGCUAUAGAAGAUGUGUGAGGAAGAGGACAGCACCGCACUGGUUUGUGACAAUGGCUCAGGACUGUGUAAGGCUGGCUUUGCUGGGGAUGAUGCUCCAAGAGCAGUUUUCCCAUCCAUUGUGGGACGUCCCAGGCACCAGGGUGUGAUGGUAGGGAUGGGCCAGAAAGACAGCUAUGUAGGAGACGAAGCCCAAAGCAAGAGAGGGAUCCUGACCUUGAAAUAUCCAAUAGAGCAUGGAAUCAUCACAAACUGGGAUGAUAUGGAGAAGAUUUGGCACCACUCUUUCUACAAUGAGCUGCGUGUUGCCCCUGAAGAACAUCCAACUCUGCUUACAGAGGCACCUUUGAACCCCAAAGCUAACCGAGAGAAAAUGACACAGAUUAUGUUUGAGACUUUCAACGUCCCAGCCAUGUAUGUUGCUAUUCAGGCAGUUUUGUCGCUCUAUGCUUCUGGACGUACAACAGGGAUUGUGCUUGACUCUGGGGAUGGUGUCACCCACAAUGUGCCAAUCUAUGAAGGCUAUGCACUGCCUCAUGCCAUCAUGCGCCUGGACUUAGCCGGCCGUGACCUUACCGACUACCUCAUGAAAAUCCUGACAGAACGUGGCUACUCAUUCGUUACUACUGCUGAACGUGAAAUUGUCCGUGACAUCAAGGAGAAGCUUUGCUAUGUUGCCCUGGACUUUGAAAAUGAGAUGGCCACGGCUGCUUCUUCAUCAUCCUUGGAAAAAAGCUACGAGCUGCCUGAUGGUCAGGUGAUCACAAUAGGGAACGAACGUUUCCGCUGCCCAGAGACACUCUUCCAGCCCUCUUUCAUUGGCAUGGAAUCUGCUGGCAUUCAUGAAACCACCUAUAACAGCAUCAUGAAGUGUGACAUUGAUAUCAGAAAAGACCUCUAUGCAAACAAUGUACUAUCUGGUGGAACCACUAUGUACCCUGGCAUUGCAGACCGAAUGCAAAAGGAGAUUACUGCCCUGGCACCCAGCACUAUGAAAAUCAAGAUUAUUGCUCCCCCUGAACGCAAGUACUCCGUUUGGAUUGGUGGUUCUAUCCUUGCCUCUCUUUCCACCUUCCAGCAAAUGUGGAUCAGCAAACAAGAAUAUGAUGAAGCUGGUCCAUCUAUUGUUCACCGCAAAUGCUUUUAAACUGCUUCUCUCUUUCCUAUUUUUUUUUCUUCUCUCUCUCUCCUUUCCUCUCUCCCCGAGCACAUUACUGUGAAUAUAUUCAGGAAUAGCAAUGUUUUUAUAACUCCAUUCCACUUAUCCUAAUAACAAUGGCUCUGGCUAUGUUUCCAAUUAGAUUCUGUGUAUUUUGGGGCUGGGGCUGGGGAUAGAAUAAAUUGUAAACAUGCUA